AUCAGCUUUUACCGAGUCGGCGCCAAACUUGCGUCCUAUCGAGUGGGCUUCGUGGAAGUCCUGCCAGUCUCCAAGCCCCCCGUCAAUUGGGGCGUGAGCUGAGCACGGCUGAAUGAGAGCCUCACCUUCUCAAGAAUUCUCGAAAGUUUGAACUGUAUCUCGGUGCCGUAGGAGCAUACAGGGCGCUAUGGUUUGGUGUCCACUGCCCAUCGCCCCAGCCUCCGAAUGGUCUGAUGGUUGGAGUUGUUUUGCUAGGUUGGUGAUUAUUACGACAUACCGAUUCCCAUCCCGGCAUGCUGUCGCUCCGGUCGGGCUGUCAAUGUCCCGGAUCCUAGUUGCUGGCACGCUCUCAUUGCGUCGUCUUUGUUCGUGCGGCGGACAAUCGUUGCGAGGGUCCCACGCGUCCUGGACACCGCCAAUUCUUCUCCGCCUUGCCCACUGCGACCUAAGCUUCUCGAAUCCGCGUAAUUCCAAUGGAAGCACUGCCCCCCCAAUCCCGUCCGCUCGGUGGGCCCACGUUCCUCGGAGCAGUUUGAAGGCUCCGGACUGGCUACGGCCAGGUCCGAGUAGCUUUUACCAGGAACAUGGAAGAAUAUGGGCUGUAUCUGCCGCGUGGACAGGCCCUAGUAUCGCUGUCGCCGUGACGCCGUGGGCCGGGAUAUGUCCACGUGCCCCGGAAGAGCGCCGUUGGGUCCCUUCGGGGCUCCGGCCGUUGCUCCCGAACAAGUUGGGCCCGUGUCCAAUCGCUUCCCCGCGAGUGGGAAUUACUGGAGACCUGUCGACUGAAACCCGAGCCGUUAUGGCCGGCAGUAUUCUGACAUACCGGCGACCGGAUGUCAGUGCAACAAGACAUAUAGGUAUCAGACAUGGCUUGGUGAAGGUUCAAAUCUGGUUUACAGCGAGUCUUUUGCAUCCCUUGAAACUGCUUCUUUCCCCUGUUUAUUUCAUGCAUCGUGUGGUUUCGCAUACUUGCAAUCAAGCCAAGGGGUGGUGAAAUUGCCCUACGUGUUUUCCUUUGGCUCUGUGUAAGUGCGGAGGACCGUUCGAGGGAGGCCUUUCUCAUGGGUUUGCGUGCCACUUCUCUCCCUUCCAGUCCCUUUCUAAGGUAGGCUCUAGUACGUGAGACAACACGCCUCCUUCACAAGUGUCAAUGGAGAGGAAUGUACAGGUACGAUCAAGUAUCUGCUGGUCACCUCAGUCUGUAGCUCCAUGUUGGCAGCUGGGUCG